ACUAUUGUCUCACCCUUUCUUUCUCCCUCACUGCACUCUGUCUUCGCCGUUUCUCUCAUCGUAAUCUCCAUAUAUACACCUCUGAGUCAAAUACCAUGAAAUAUUCAUUAAGAAACACUGUCGGAUUUCUUCCGUCAGUUUAAAGAAAAACAAAAACACAGCACAGACGAGCAAUCAGACACAAUCAAGCGCAGUUGUCAAGGAUAUUAUCAUUCAAAUUCACUACCGUCUCUGUUGCGAUUUUCAAUAUUGAUAUAUUCUCAAUCCAGCUAUUUUCUCUUCCUCAUUGAAAUAUUUAUUAUUAUACAUACAUAUAUUUCUUGCUUUCACAAUGAAUCAUUCCGUCCGUCACAUGAGUAUCUCCGAAGAACGGGUGACCCACCAGUCGAUCGUGUCCGCCCUCAGCAACUUCGUAACAGCCGUCAACCACAUGGACUCGACAGUCAUGAUCCCGAGCCGGCUCAGAGACAUGGAGGUUUCGCAGGAUUCGGACUCCAUCAUUAACUCGAACUCUGACCCUUAUCAUUCUUUCAGCGCCCCGCCGUCUCCUGCAGCUUCAAUCUCCAGCAUCCCAGCUCUCAACUCGAACCUGAAAUUGAAACCGCACACCACCAACCAUCGCCGGUAUUCCGCCGAGCAAAGCACCCUGAUGGGUACCGGUGCCGAUGCGAAGAACUUGUACAACUUCUACAGCAUGUUGAAGGCCAUUAAACAAGAAGUGACAUGCGGAAACUUGGAAGAUGACUGUCUGGAGUCUCCGACGGAGCAAGACCGUGAGCAAGAUCAAGAAGUGGACUCGACAUCGACUAUGGAUAUCUCCGACGAAGACGAUUGCGCGUCAGUGGGUUCAAAUAGCAGUGGCAGCGAAGAGUUACCAAGAAAUGUGGCCAAUUCGUUCAAGUUUCACCUCCGUGGAUUAUUUAACCUGUUGCAGGAUUUUACGGAAACGGCGAAAUAUCUCUCCCAUAGGUAUGAGAACGAAGUCGGUUCCAGUCAGGCUAACAAAAUACUAUCUCAGUUUUAAUGAGCCUGCAUGUUCUUUUGUAAACUGUAACAAUUAUGGAUAAUGUUUAAAAAUAAUAAUAAUAAUAAUAGUAAUAACA